AUGACCGAUGGAGAAGUUAGAAAAGAGGCAUCGAAACGGUACAUUCACGAGAAGUCUAUCUUCCAGGAGCUGACACACUUGAAGCGAAUGCAAAUACAGUAUGGGAAGGUGCAAGAACGUAUACUUGUACGAUCAUUGGUGGGAAAUUUCUGUAAAAUGCACGGCCUCGAUCCUGUUCAUUUCAAGUUCCAAACAUUCUACUCAUGGGAGAAGUUCCUUUACGACACGCUUUCAGACCAGUUGAAGUUGAUCUACAUGGAAGAGCGAGCAAGACUAACACACGCGAGAGCCGCACCAAGGUCGAUAACUACUGACCGUUUCGAGACUCGUGUUCAACAAGCACGAGCCGUACCGCUAGCCAAUGACCAAGUGAGACGUCUAAGCCGAGUAUACGGGAACAGUACGAUGACUAAAGGAAAGUCGCUUGGUAAUAAAAAAUCUGACAAACCCACUGGAUUGCUUAGUGGUGCAAAAAGAUGCGAUUGCCUCGGCAAACACCUUCUGAUCAAACAGCAGUGA